CGCUGCUUGGCAGUCGGUGAGCGGACGGAGCUGGAAGGUGUUGGUCCCGCUAUGAGCGCGAAGUGUCCCCGCUGUCUGUGCCCGGUCUACUUCGCCGAGAAGGUCAGCUCGCUGGGGAAAAACUGGCACCGAUUCUGCCUGAAAUGUGAACUCUGCAGUAAGAUCCUGUCAGCUGGGGGCCACGCCGAGCACGAUGGGCGGCCAUACUGUCAUAAACCCUGCUAUGCUGUUCUCUUUGGUCCUAAAGGUAAGUUCCCACACACGUACAUUCGCGGGGAGACGGCGCUGUGUCAAGGCUGCCGCGAGCCAGUCUACUUUGCUGAGAAGGUGAUGUCUGGCAGGAACUGGCAUCGCCCGGUCUCCGUUGUCAGCGCUGCAACAAGACCCCUGACUGCGGGCGGCCAUGCUGAGCACGAUGGCCUCCCUUACUGCCAUAUCCCCUGCUACGGGCAUCUCUUUGGACCGAAAGGUGUGAAUAUCGGGGCCGUGGGCUGUUACCUGUACGACCCUCUGAUAGGAAACGAGACGCGGGUCGAGAAGUGAUAAGAUCUUUCUGGAAGUUGCCGUUCCUCCUUGUUAACCCUUCUCUGCUGGAAUGCAGUGCACCCUGGGAACCUGUUAGUCUAUCGGUGGCUGUGGAUCCUCAUGGAAUAAUAGUGGGAGUAUCGGCAGCGCUCAUGUCACUUGUCGUCUUCCCUGAACUUAUCUGCCGGAUGACAGCAGCCCCUGGAGAGGAGGGGGUUAACCUGCAUUCAGGGGAGGCACGAGGUGUGGACGGUGCCUCAGUUAUAGUUCAUAUAUAUGCACAGGAGCUCCCCCUGCUGGAGCCACACUGCGACUUGCACAUGUCGUAUAAUAACUCAUAUAUCACUUGUAUCACCUGUAACGGGGAGACCGGACGUCCCGCUCUGAGACACAGUAAAGUUCUCCACUAUC